CAUCCUGUAUAAUGUUAAGUACAUGUUACAUGUUCACCUAUACAUAUGGGCUAGUCGCUCUAGUAAAGAAUAGUUAACCAGCCAUGAUUGUGCUCUUUAUUAUUCUUUUUGCUGUUGAUUCAGAGGGAACACUCAAUGAAUUAAUAGACGUAUCACAGUUAUCACCAGACAUGUUGGCAACACAAGGUUCAUUAUUAACGGAACUAUCACAGUCAAAUGAAGAAAAUGCUGUGCCGGCGAGUUGUUAUUGGGAUAUUUCUAAUAAUACGAAUGUAACCCUUGGUGACUGCUGUCAGUUACCGCCAUUGUUUUACGAUAAAAAAUUGAGAUCGUGCCGCUUGGACGUUAUAAAAGCAAAACGGAGAAAUACACAAUUUAAACGAAGUGACGAAGAAGCAUACUGUUCACAUUUAUUAUGCGUGUUAAAUAGAUUGAAUUUAUUAAACACAUAUAAAAACACUAUUGACGAGAAGAAAUUUUAUAACUUUUUAAAUGAUUUGGCGAAGCAACACCCAGCAUUCAGAAACGCAGUGAAUUUGGUUAAAAACAAAUGUAUCAAAAACGAUUCAUUCGAAUUACUUGCCUGCUCAUCGAAAUAUUUAUUUGCUUGCAUGGUUACAACUAUAGCUUUUGAAUGUCCUAUAGGAUGGCAUGGGAAGCCAGAAUGCUUUUCAUUAAAACAAUCAUUACGUAUGUGUGGAUCAUCAAUUAUGAAAUCAAGUAAGUAUAUAUCCAAAUGAUUCGUGGAAAAACUUGUUGUUACUACUAUAGAGAUAAUUUAUCAGUACUUAGUUACAUAUUUAUUGUUUCUGUGUUCAUAGUUUCUUUGCCCCAUUGGAUUAUUUU